UUUUUUUACAUUUUCAACAGCAGCCAUUGCCUCGCUUUCUCUUCUUCUCCUUUUCAGUUUAGUUUUAUCGCUGUGAGUGGGAGAGGUAGAGGGCAGGUCAGUGUUCCAGACCUCCUGUACCGCGCUGGGUCCCGCUGCUCUCUGGAGGCACACCCUUACUUGGAUUAUUUUUCUUUCAUUGCAGUUGUCUCGGUUUCCCCCUGUGUUUUUAAGUCAUUCAGAUCUGUCACUUGUUCCACUGUUAACAUGGAGUCCGACACAUAAGCCCUGUGUCUUUGAGGCAGGUGUAGAUGCUCCAGACGCAGCAGGCCCCAGGAAGAGGCUGCCUCCAUCCAUCUGUGCGGCUCUUCUCUGAUUCCUGGGUCUCUCAGUCUAACUUUGCACCACACCUUAACAGGGACCACAGAGAAAAUAAACAGGAGUGAGGAGGCCACUGGAUAUUCUCAAGAAGUGAAGCCAUUUUGUUUUGACCCUCAGUAUCACUGACCUUUCAACCUUUGGUUCAAUCUGGUGGUUUCCUUGUGAUUGGACACUCCCUAGAGGGGUAGGAAAUCACCCUCCCCGUCUGUCCGCCUGCGUCCCACCUUCGGACCUCCAUCACUAUGGCGACCUCGGUGCAGCCCAACGAGUUGGUGUUUGAGUUCGCUAGCAAUGGGAUGGAUGAGAUAAACCAGCUGGAUGAUCCGUCCGUGUUCCCAGCAGUCAUCGUGGAACAGGUGCCCGCUGCUGACCUCAUGCAGGUCUACUCGGGCAUGGAGUCGGACGAGGUGACCAACGGCAUUAUGGUGGACAACACUGUACAUGUGAUGGAGGAGCCCAUUAUGGUCGGAGACGUGGGCCUCUCAGUAGAAAGGACGGUAUCGGGUACAGAGGAUAACAUGGAGACCAAUGAGGCUGCGGCAGCCCUUCUUAACAUGGAGUCACCAAACAACAUUCUGGAUGAGAAACGCAUGAUUCAUACGUACGGGACCAUGUUGGAGUCUGACUACACCUACAUCCACCUGCGGCCGGAGCCCAACGGCUGCAUGGAUGUAUCGCUGGACGAUGAAACAUCCUCCAUGGACGAGAUCCCUCAGAAGAGCGUGUCCAAACCACAGAGGAAAACCAAAAUGCGCAAGCCUCGGCCGGUGCGCCCCUGCUCCCCCAUUACCACUCCCAACCUACCACUCAAGAAGAAGAGCAAGGAGGGCAAAGGGAACACCAUCUACCUAUGGGAGUUUCUCCUGGCCCUGUUGCAGGACAAGAACACCUGUCCCAAGUACAUCAAGUGGACACAGAGGGAGAAGGGCAUCUUUAAGCUGGUGGACUCCAAGGCCGUGUCCAAACUGUGGGGCAAACACAAGAACAAACCUGACAUGAACUAUGAAACCAUGGGCAGGGCACUCAGGUAUUACUACCAGCGUGGUAUCUUGGCUAAGGUGGAGGGUCAGCGGCUGGUCUACCAGUUUAAAGACAUGCCCCCCGACCUAGUGGUGAUUGACGACGAGGACCCAUGCCCCGACCUCACCUCUGGCUUCGGGGGCCAGCGCCCCAGCCACCACGGCCGAGGAGGCUCCAGAGGGGGGCAGGGUAAAAUCCAUGCCCAUGGGCACCGUCCUAUAUCGGUAAAACAAGUGAAGAGAGAGCCCAUUGAUAUGGAUGGAGGGCUGUACCAUGAGGUCAAUGGUAAACAGGCAGAACACAUGAUCCAGACGGUCCACGUGCUGCAGCCCAACCAGAGGGCGGCUGUGCCGGCCUCCACACACACUUUGAGGACCAUAAACAUGCCUAACUCCGUCCCCAUUGUCCUGACGUCUUCUGGCCAGCUGCAGCCCCUCCUGUCCAACGGUGACUCGUCCAGCCACUCCUCUCAGCCCAGGGUCAUCCUCCACACCGUCCCUUCUACCACGGCGGGGGGCAAGGAUGUCCUCACCAUCCAGACAGCCUCCCUGGCCACCGGGAUGGGCAGCCUCCAGGAUCACCAUCAGCACCCCCAGUUCCUUGUCACCAGCCUGGGCUCCACUACCACCACAGGGGUCCUCAGCUCCACCACUGCCUCCCUCAACGGCCUUCCCCGCAUGGUCACUCUCAACACGGCCACCGGUCAGACCAUGGUGGCCCAGCAGCCGGGGACCGUCAUUGCUACGGUCCUCAAGUCCUCCAGCGGUGGCGAGCUCCUCCAUGGCCUGCACGGCAUCAAGGAGGAGAUGCUGGACCCCUACUACCUGCAGUCAUUGGUUAAUGGAGACCCGUCGUUUGGCAAGGAGGAGAUGGAGGCAGGGGAAGCAGAGCUCAGCUACAGGACUGUGAUCAUCGGGAAGAACCAAAGCCUUGGACCGAACCAGGGGGAGACUGGAAGCGAGUCUCCAGUGAACGGAUACUUUUCCCAGGGAAGCAGCCCCAGUGAGGGCCUGACCCCCGUGGAGGAGCUAGAGGUGCGCGGGGAGAUGGCCCUGCAACCGGAGCACAUGGUGGGAGUCAAGGGGCUCCAGGAGCUGCCAGAGAUCACUGUCCACCUUCCAGCCUCCUUCAUCCAGAUCAAGGCAGAACCCACAGAGGUCUAGUAGACCACAAGCUUACCUUUAUUGUCAUGAGUCUUGUCCUGGAGGCAGAACUGAGUGAUUUCCACUAGAUGGUCCAGCUGAAAAGUCUAAAUUGUCUCUAUCGUAAAAAUUAAGGAAGACAAAAAAUGAGCUUUUUGAUCUUAAUUUAGGGUUAGGCAUUAGGAUUAGCAGUGUGGUUAAGAUUAGGUUUUUUAUUUGACCUUUAUUUGAACAGGGAGUCACCAUUGAGACCAGGGUUUCUUUCACAAGGGAGCCAUGCACAUACUAUUCAUAAGACAAAAUCGAAUUGAAAUCAGAUACAAUGUAAAACAAACUAAAAUACAGCACAACACAAAUAUUCUUACAUUCCUUCGUAAGAAGUUCCCCAAUUAGUAUUUGCAAUUGCCCGAGCGGCAGUACAACAUCCAAUUGUAAUGUAUUGUAAAAUUGGUUCCAGCAAUGAGGUGUGUUAAAACUAAAAGAGGAUUUACUUAGUUAUGUGGAGACCACAAGGAACCUCAAGAGUUUGGUAUCUCCUGAUUUUAUACUUUAUAUCAUGUUUUAUAAGUUGGAAGCUUGUGUAGUAGAGCUUUGUAAACAAGAAGGGAGUAAUGAAGUGAUAUAUGGGACGUUAAUGAGGACCAGCCAACCUUUUGAUACAGGAUGCAGUGAUGAGUAAUAAAACUGUCAUGGAGAAAAAACCCGAAUGGCACUAUGGUAGACGGCAUUCACAGGUUUAAGAAUAGUGGCUGCGGCAAUCUGGUAAUCUGGUGUCACCAUAGUCAAGAACUGGUAGGACAGUUGACUGUACAAUCUGCUUCCUGCUAUUUAGGGAUAGGCAAGAUCGAGUUAGAAAAAGAAGCCCACUUUAAACCACUUUUUAAAACUAUCUCAUUCGUAUGUUUUUGUCAAUCCAAAUGUCCAGAUAUUUAUUGGCGGGAUUCCGAUUGAUGGAACCAUCCAAUGGAUAACUGUAGUGCAUCAGGUUGAGGUUAGGUUUAAAAUCUGAUUUUACGACUUUGUGGCUGUUCCAGCUAGUGCCCACUGCAGAGCUGCCUCCAGGGCAAGAUUCAUGACAAUAAAUGCCAACCUGCUAAUAGGCCUGGACUCUCCAUCAAUGUUGGACUAUGAAAUCAACAUAAAGAAAGACUACCCAAAGGGCAAUUCCACCACUUUUCAACCUCAUUUUCAUUGUCUCCAGUAAAAUACCAUUGUCUACAUAUGUGAAAAUGGCACAUUUGUACGUUUUGUCGAAACAUAUAUAAAGUUAAAAAGUUCUACCCAACAUCAUCAAAAGUUAACACAUUUGGGACCUUUCUUCUUAUCUUUUUAACCACAGAUCAUAGAAACACGCUGUUUUCACAUAUGGAGACACUGGUAUUUUACUGGAGACAAUGAAAAUGAGGUUGAAAAGUGGUGGAAUUGCUUUUUUAACAAAGUUUCCUUGUUCUUAUCCCGUUGAUAAUCUUCUUUUGAAAAGCGAUGGAUUUUUAAAUGUGGAGUGGCAAACAGAGACCAAACGUUGGCCCCUGCAGGAUGUUUUUGCUUAUUCACUGUUGUGAUCCCGUGCCCAAAUUUCAACAUCAAGGGAUUGUUUUGUGAUGUGUUGUUGAAGGCUCCAUAGUUCGAAAGGCCUUCACUCGGAUCAAUCUACCUACCUACCUUGCUACUGUCAGUAGACCCGCCCCCUUCCCGAACCUGUCCCCACCAGGAGAACAGCCAUUGGAUAACCAGGGAUCUACCCCACCACAUGUGCCAGUUAGAUUAGUAAAUGUUCUACCUACCAGUACAUCUCAUCAGACUUGUGUCAAUGCUAACAGACAAUAACAGCAAACCAAAAACAGGAGAUGGGAACUCACGUGGGAGAAUGCAAUGAAAUCAGACUUGAUGAGCAGAAAAUGUGUCAUUUCUACAUGCCGUCUCCACUUUAUUUUUAAGGAAGAAUGACGGAAACGCACCUUACUGACCUUUAAUGGAAGAGUGCCUUAUACGUAAAGGUAAAACAGUUCAAACUCUUGACUGAAAAAGUCUGAGGGGGAAAAAAAUGACGGUUCAGAUUGUUUUGACUCAAACGUUUGUGACUUAUCCGGAGUUUCCUCCAUAUCCCCCCAUAUUAUAAGUUGUCGAUAAGGUGUGCUUUCCCCUCCAUUACUCAUCGCCUUACAGCAAUGUGUUACUAUGGAAAUGGGCAUUUCCUGUCCCCUUGGACAGUCCAAUCACAAACCUGUUUGUAUAUAGCUGCAGACUUGAUGCAGGGAGAGAGAGAGAGAGAGAGAGAGCGAGAGACAAUACGGAGGAAACAUAAAAUAGAUUUUACUAGCCUCCUAUCUUCCCAUUAAGGCCUUUAAUCCUGUUUAUAUGAAAUGGAAUAUAUAUAAAUAUAUAUAAAGUAAUAAUAUACUAUUGAGAAUCAAUUUAAGGCCACAAAUGUAUUUAUUUUGUGAAUUUCUAAAUUCUGUAUAAAAAGGCACAUUUGUUUGUUAUUUACAUAUGGAAAACACGAGGGAUAAUAUACAAAGUAUAUGAAAUCAAAUAACAGGAAGCUCAUAUGUCGGUGAAUUUUUUUCUCCAAAAAGCUGAUAUGUUUUUUUUAAAGCAUUCCUUAUAAUCAGCGCAGCAUUGAUGAUGAUACUUCCUUUGUUUUGGACUCAAAGUGGUUUGCCCCGACGCAAAUGAUGGUCUCUAUAAACAUCUCUGUCCUGUGUCAUUUAAACAUUGUGUUGUAUGUGCUUUGGUUCUUCUUCCCUUUGUACAGCGGACACACCUCUAGCCUUAUUCAACAGUCAAGCAGUAGAGAUCAGUUGGAUAGAUUCACACACCCCUAUCCAGUUCAUUUGGUCAUUUGGUCUCAAUCAGGUCCUCUGUAACCUCUCCUAACCCAGUUAUUUUGUGACGCAAAUUGUGACUCAACACUGGUGUUUUCCUCCCUACUUCUAUGCAUUUACAAUUCUGGUGCUCCACUCCUAGCUCUUGGUCUUUGGUCAGACUGGUGUCUGUGCUCUUUUUAUUGGGUGUCCCAGUUUUGUUAGGGACCUGAGACGUCAGGGUCUCUGAAUGGCCAUGAUAGCCUGCAGAUGCUAGUGUAAGUAAACCAAUAUUUAUCUUGAGCGCUACCAUGGCUAAAUUACUUGUAUUUUUUUCACUUGAGCUGGAGUGAGCAACAGACCAUCUGAACUCUAGCUCAGCAUCUGAGGACAAGCUUUAAUGCUAAUUUCAGGGGAAAUGGAGAGUCUGUGACGUGACUUCUGCUUUUGGACAUUAACACGGUGACACUCCAUCUUAACUCCUCCACAUUUACGGAUUUGUUUCAACAGUGCAGAAGAGAACCUCCCAUCAUUUUUUCCCUUCUCAACAUGUCCAGAAAGAAACGUCGCUCAGGCAUUUAUUUUACGCCUGCUUCAUUAGGUUAUGCUACUUUAGGUUAUGCUACUUUUUAGAACUUGUGCCCAGGCAUCAGUCUUAUGUCAACCAAAGGGCUCUCUGUGUUGACAAUCUGAAUGUUUUACAGUACAAAGUUAUGAAAAGUUGUGACAAUCAAUGCUCUCUAGUGUUACAAAAAGUACCAAAACAGUCUUUGGUGUUGAUAAUUGACUGCAAUGAACUCUGUGGGUGGGGUAGACUGGAUUUUCCUGCUUACAGACGCUUAUGUUGUAUAUACAGGUAUUUUCCUUUUUAAGCACUGUUGUAUGUGAGAUGUUGGCGUCUGUCCGCGCUGUCUGUCCGAUCAUUACGUUUUCCUUUGUCUUGGGUUUUCUGUGGUUUCCUCCUAUGCUGAAACUAGAUUAGAUUUUUUUAAAGAAAUAAUAUUUAGGCCCAGUGCAGUCAAAGCGUUAUUUUCCUGUGUUUUAUAUAUAUUUCCACACUAUGUGGUUGGAAUAAUACUGUGAAAUUUUGAAAAUUAUGAUAAUGCCCUUUUAGUGUAAGAGGUGUUUUUAAAAGACCACCUGAAAUAUCUGCCUGUUUUGGUGGGAUAGAGUUUCGGCCUGCCUGAUAACAUCACCAGACAGUAAAUUAGUUAAUAGACCAAUAAGCAAGAGUUCCAAUCCUCUCUGCCAAUAACAGCUAGAUUUCAGUUUUCCCCUCCCCACCCAGGACACUCCCAGACAGUCCUAUCAACAUUCUUGCUUGAGAAAUUGCUCUUUGCUAAGAAUCUAUUUUUGUUUCUUUUUGACCAUUGUAAUUGAAAACAAUCCCAGUAAGGUACUUAAAUGUUACCCAGAAAUGAUUUGAUGUUGAGAUGAAAACGGUUGCAAUGGACCUUUAUAAUAAUAAAACACAUUUUGCUUAUA